UUUCGCCCGGCCCGCGAGAGCAGCGAGGCAAGCUAGGCGGCGGCGGGCUGCGGGGAGCGGCGGCGGAGUUGCUUCUGAGGGGAGCCCAAGAUGACCGGUUCUAACGAGUUCAAGCUGAACCAGCCGCCCGAGGACGGCAUCUCCUCGGUGAAGUUCAGCCCCAACACCUCCCAGUUCCUGCUGGUCUCCUCCUGGGACACGUCCGUGCGCCUCUACGAUGUGCCGGCCAACUCCAUGCGGCUCAAGUACCAGCACACCGGCGCCGUCCUGGACUGCGCCUUCUACGAUCCAACGCAUGCGUGGAGUGGGGGUUUAGACCAUCAAUUGAAAAUGCAUGAUUUGAACACGGAUCAAGAAAAUCUUGUUGGAACCCAUGAUGCCCCUAUCAGAUGUGUUGAAUACUGUCCAGAAGUGAAUGUGAUGGUUACUGGGAGUUGGGAUCAAACAGUUAAAUUGUGGGAUCCCAGAACGCCUUGUAAUGCUGGGACCUUCUCUCAGCCUGAAAAGGUGUACACACUCUCGGUGUCCGGAGACCGGCUGAUUGUGGGCACCGCGGGCCGCAGGGUGUUGGUGUGGGACUUACGGAACAUGGGCUAUGUGCAGCAGCGCCGGGAGUCCAGCCUCAAGUACCAGACCCGCUGCAUACGGGCAUUUCCAAACAAGCAGGGUUAUGUAUUAAGCUCUAUUGAGGGCCGAGUGGCGGUUGAGUACUUGGACCCAAGCCCUGAGGUGCAGAAGAAGAAGUAUGCCUUCAAGUGUCACAGACUGAAAGAAAAUAAUAUUGAGCAGAUUUACCCAGUCAACGCCAUUUCAUUUCACAACAUCCACAAUACCUUUGCCACAGGUGGUUCUGAUGGAUUUGUCAAUAUUUGGGAUCCAUUUAACAAAAAGCGACUGUGCCAGUUCCAUCGGUACCCUACCAGCAUUGCAUCCCUUGCCUUUAGUAAUGAUGGGACUACACUUGCAAUAGCGUCAUCGUAUAUGUAUGAAAUGGAUGACACGGAACAUCCUGAAGAUGGUAUCUUCAUUCGCCAAGUGACAGAUGCAGAAACAAAACCCAAGUCACCAUGUACUUGACAAGAUUUCAUUUACUUAAGUGCCAUGUUGAUGAUAAUAAAACAAUUCGUACUCCCCAAUGGUGGAUUUAUUACUAUUAACAAAGAAGCCAGGGAAAAUUUUUAAUUUUAACAUUAUAAGAACCUGAAAAUAUUGGAGAAGAGGUUUUUAUUGUUUUUUUGUUUUUUGUUUUUUUAAGCCAGUACUUUCUUUAGUGCAUGAGAUGGCUUGAUGGUUUGCUGCAUUUAAAGGUAUUUGGACAAACAGAAUUGGAGGGCAGUGACAGCACUUUUGAGAAUCAGUUUUGACCUUGAUUUUUGUUUCCAUUGUGGAAAUAAAUGUUUGUAAAUAAAUGUGGGUAAUAGAACCCCCUUUGCAUUCUUCCUGGACCUUAAAUGGUAGAGAGAAUGGCUCUUGAGCUAUUUGUUUCUCCUGCUGGUUAUAGUUGCUAAUUCUAAAGCUGCUUCAGACUGCCUCAUGAGGAGGUUAAUCCGCAAUUAAACAGUAUUUCCUCUCAGCCAUCCAUUAUUUUCUGAAGCAGAUGGGUCAUCAUUUCCUGGGCUGUGAAACAAAGCGAGGUUAAGGUUAGACUCUGGGGAAUCAGCUCGUUUUCAAUCUUAUUAGGGUGCAGAAGGAAAACUAAUAAGAAAACCUCCUAACAUCAUUUUGUGACUGUAAACAAUUAUUUAUUAGCAAACAAUUGAUCCCAGAAGGGCAAAUUGUUUGAGUCAGUAAUGAGCUGAGAAAAGACAGAGCAUAUCUGUGUAUUUGGAAAAAUAAUUGUAACGUAAUUGCAGUACAUUUAGACAGGCAUCUAUUUGGACCUGUUUCUAUCUCUAAAUGAAUUUUUGGAAACAUUAAUGAGGUUUACAUAUUUCUCUGACAUUUAUAUAGUUCUCAUGUCCAUUUCAGUUGCCCAGCCGCUGGUGAUUAAGGUUAAAAAGAAAAAAAUUAUAGUGAGAAUGAGAUUCAUUUCAGUGUAAUGCCCUGAAGCAGAACAUGAACUUAGCUUGGCCUAUUCUAGGUAGUUCCAAAUAGUACCUUUGUUGUCACACUUUUUGUUUUUCAUUUAUAUUGUUUGCAAAUGAUGUUUUGAAUGGUAUUGGUACUUGGACCUUUACUGAAAUUUAUUUUAUCCAUGAUGUAUUUAAAAAAAUUUUUUUGAUACAGAGAAAGGUCUUAUUUUUAUUUGGAAGUAUUUCAGUGAAAACUUCAUGUAAGUCUGAACCCAUCUUUUGAAAUGUAUUUUCUUCAUUGCAGGUCCACCUAAUCAUCUCGUGAAAGUGGUUUCUCUAUGGAAAGCUUUCUUUUGCUUCCUACAAAUACAUACUUAUCCCCUAAGGGAUGUGUUAUAGUCAUUGUGGACGCGUUAUUUAGUAUGUGGAUUUCUCUGUUUUCUAUCUUAAAAAAAAAAAACUUGUCUGUGUGCCCUUUCAUACUGACUGCGUGUAGGAUGUGGGGUCUUUGUGUCCUUGUGCCGUAGUCUGAAGAAUUGCUUUCCCCCCCAGCAAGCCCAGUUGCUGUGUAUAAGCAGCUUGAGCUCUUUUUGUAAAAUAACCUAAACCUGUUAUUUCCAUGCUGUCUAAUAAAUCAGAGAUUCAGAACCCUUAAAUGUUGGAUGUUUUAAAAUGUUGGUAAUUAAUGUAAUUUACUUCAUAAAAAGGUUUCUGUAAAGCAAAACUCCCUUCAUCAAGGGCCUGGUGGGGAUGACAUUGUACCUUUAGGUCCACACUGCCUCAUUUAAUUAUGUCUGUUCUCAUGUACUUUGGGGAUUCAGUCUUGGAUAAAGUGAUCUGUUGGAGUUCUGC